ACACACACACACACACACACACCUCCCUCCCUGCCCGUGCAUGCUGCUUCCUCUGGGCUUUUUUCUGUAGGCUGUGACCACAAGCCUGAAUUCCUUUCUGCUGCAGCUGAAAGCCAGCCAGCACAAUUGUCAAAGCAACUAAACAGGCCACAGGACCUCACCUGGUAGGAGGAAGACUAUCUCUGGCACUACACUAACCUGGGGCAGAUGAAGGCAUGGAAGGAAGAGGGGAGGAGAUGGAAGAAGGAAGAGGGACGUGACAGGGUAAAGUCAAAACAAUAUCGGGGAAUAGGAAUUUUUCUUGUAUAUUGCUAGAACAAAAUAGUGGAGGGAGAUCUACUGGAGGGAAAGAAGUCUACAUCUGCAUGGAGUCGAUAAACACUUCCCUAAGCUCAUCUACUCUGCUACAGAUAGAAAACAAGCCAAUCUAGUGGAGAGGAAGGGAAGGCAGGGAAUUCUGAUGCUCCCGAAAGACUGGCUCUACCCCCUCGACUCGGCUGCCGCUACAAUGUGAAUCCUGCUUCUCCAGGUCGGGACUGGAGUUUUAAAAUAAAAUGGAUGAUUUGACGUUACUUGAUCUCUUGGAGUGCCCCGUGUGCUUUGAAAAGCUCGAUGUCACAGCCAAAGUCCUCCCCUGCCAGCACACCUUCUGCAAACCAUGUCUACAGAGGAUUUUCAAGGCCCACAAGGAGCUGCGGUGCCCGGAAUGCAGGACCCUGGUAUUCUGCAGCAUCGAGGCUCUGCCAGCCAACCUGUUGCUGGUGCGUCUGCUGGAUGGUGUGCGCUCCGGGCAGAACUCCUGGAAACGGGGCUCCUUUCGCAGGCCUCGCAUACUGACCUUGCAGGACAGCAGGAAAAGCAAGACCAGCCCCAGAAGUCUACAGGCCAGCCCUUUCCGGCUGGUGCCCAGUGUUAGGAUCCACAUGGAUGGGGUGCCUCGAGCCAAGGCCUUGUGUAACUACAGAGGGAAGAAUCCUGGUGACCUGAAGUUUAAUAAAGGAGAUGUCAUCCUUCUCCGGAGACAGCUUGAUGAGAACUGGUACCAGGGAGAGAUCAAUGGGGUCAGUGGGAUCUUCCCUGCCAGCUCCGUGGAGGUCAUCAAGCAGCUGCCCCAGCCACCGCCGCUCUGCAGGGCCCUCUAUAACUUUGACCUUCGCGACAAGGAUAAGAGUGAGAACCAGGACUGCCUAACCUUCCUCAAGGAUGACAUUAUCACAGUAAUCAGCCGAGUGGAUGAGAACUGGGCAGAAGGGAAGCUAGGAGACAAAGUGGGCAUCUUCCCCAUCCUGUUUGUAGAGCCAAACCUUGCAGCAAGACACCUCCUAGAGAGGAACAAAGGGCAUCAGUUAUCACGCACGAAAAACCUGUCCCUGAUGUCCUCACCAUCCAAAGGCAAAGCAACCAACACAUCCACCCUCCGAAAGAGCCCUGGGUCCAGGAGGAAGGGGUCUGGGCAAUUCUCCAUCACAACAGCUUUGAACACACUCAACCGAAUGGUCCAUUCUCCUGAAGGCCACCAGAUGGUGGAAAUCAGCACCCCAGUGCUCAUCAGCUCUACCAGCCCCUCUGUGUUUACUCAGCAUGGGGACAAGGCAGACUUCCCUGCCAACUCUGCAGGACAGGUCAGCACGUCUCACCCUGCACCUGCCUCCCCAGGACAUUCCACAGCCAUGGUCAGUGUGCCCAGCUCACAGCAACACCUCUCAGCUAACAUGUUUGUAGCUCUGCACUCCUACUCAGCCCACGGACCCAAUGAGCUGGACCUGCAGAAGGGAGAAGGCAUCAAGGUGCUGGGGAAAUACCAAGAUGGCUGGCUGAAGGGUCUCUCUUUAGUCACAGGGAGAGCUGGCAUCUUCCCAAGCGACUACGUCAUCCCGGUUUUCAGUUCAACAGCUAGAAAGACAUCUGGUUUUCCAGAUUCCCGGAGCCCCACUGUCUACACCACAUGGGCGUUACCCACCUCCUCUGUGUCCUCCCAGGGUAGCUUUCAGGAGGGUGAUCCCUGGCAAAGCAGACCCGUCAAAUCUGUCUUUGUGCCCACUGCCGUGGUUAACCCUCAAGGGAGUACACCUGGCCCAGGGACUUCGGGACAAGGGUCUCUUCGGAAAAGCAGGAGCAUCAUGAGAAAGAAUGGAUCCUUGCAGAGACCAGUCCAGUCAGGGAUCCCCACUUUCAUGUUGGGAUCCCUCAGGCACAGUCCCACCAUGAUGAUCGGGCCUCAGAAGUUCCAUUUCUACAAGCCACAGGGAAUGGCCUCUUCCCCUCCACCCAUGAUGGUGGAGAUGGGGUCUAAACCCAUUUCCACUGGGGAGCCUGCCCUGACCUGCAUCAGCAGAGGCAGCAAGACCAGGAUCCAUUCAGCAUCCAGUUCCUUCAUCAUGGAAGGCAAAGAAAUACCCAUCAAGAGUGAGCCACCAUCCAAGCCACCUGCGUCUGCCCCACCCUCCAUCCUAGUGAAACCAGAAAACUCAAAAAAUGGCAUCGAAAAGCAAGUCAAAACCGUGAGAUUUCAGAAUUACAGCCCUCCUCCCACCAAACAUUAUGCCUCCCACCCCACCUCUGGAAAGCACGAACAGCCAUCCACCUUGAAGGGGUCUCAGUCUGAAGCAAAACACACAGGAGCAGAGAUGACCAUCCUAUUUGCCCACCGAAGUGGCUGCCACUCUGGACAACAGACAGACCUUCGGAGAAAGUCAGCUUUUGGCAAGACCAUGCCCCCACUCUCCACCACUUCAGGCUCACAGACCAUUUUUACCAGUCAGUGAUUCUUUGGAUGGCUUUUCUUAGACACAAAAGAGGUGAAUAGCAUGUAAAUACAGUCUGCCUCCACUACAGGCAUCCUACUGUUCUUCCAAAGGAUUAGACUCCUUCAUCUCCAAGCUUAACCUGAAAAAAUGGAAAGGCAGAAACUCCUCCCUGGGUUGGUUGGCCUUCUCCAUACAUAUACCCCCAAUCCACCCCACCCCUGAGACAGGGUGUAGCCCUGACUGUCCUGGAACUCACUCUAUAGACCAAGCUGGCCUUGAACUCACAGAGAUCUGCCUGCCUCUGCCUCCCAAUUGCUGGAAUUAAAGGUGUAUGCCACCACCACCCAGCAUAUUUCUAAACUUACUGAUUUGAUAGAGUCAAGCCCACUGCUUAAGCCAAAGAAUGGGGACAGUGUCAAUGCCUGUGCCCUCUGCAUGCAGGGUUUGGCCUCUCAUCCUAUGUGCUCAAUGUAAAACAUCUCUGUAUCCUAGGACAGCCAGAGUAUGGCAGCAGUGACAUUUUUCUCAGGGACUCUUUGAUCCCAUUACCAUCCCCCUCUCUUUUCAUCACACUACAACAGCCUCUGCCAUCUUCUGAGGCUGUUGGUUUUCAUUCCAACGUCAAGCUCCAGCUGCAAAGGGAGAAAUGGGAGGCGAAGAUAUGGUAUGAGAUGGACAUUUUGAACAUUCGGAGAACCCACUAAAACUUAAGGGAGUUAACUUCCUGAGUUCGCUACAAACAAGGUCGUCGAGAAUACUGACUACCAAAUACCAAAAGAUUAUCAUGUGUUACGCUUCUUGGCCUGUUUCUUCCCAUAUAAUUCUAUACAGUAGAUAAGCAGGGAGCAUAGAGAGGCAGAUAAGGGACGUGGAUGAUAUUAUAGACUUUUCAUCCUUCCCCUCAAAGCUUGAAGGCAACCUUGAAUGCUCAGUGAGUUUAGAUCUAUAUUCUGCUUGCAUUCCAAUAUUUUUGUUCUCCUUAGCUCCUAAUCAUUUGGGCCAGAUGACUAUAAGACAAUAGGGGAAGGCAGGAAGGGGUGCUCUUGGGAAGAGAGCUGUUAUCAAAGGAAGUGGACAGAGAAGGCUUGAGAAGAAAAGGGAGAUCGGAGGAAUCAAGGAAUAAUCAUGCAUGCAACAAAUACGGAAGAAGGGAAGAAUGAACUUCUCCGGGAAGAAUAUAAAACAGGUGUGGUGGAAGCAGUGCUUACCCCACUGACAGAUGAGGAAAACAACGACAGAAUUAGCCAUGGAGAAAGGGUCAAAACAAAGUGACUCCACGUGGAUGGACUGGAGUGAGCAGGUCCAGCCAGGAAGGAGAGCAGCAAAUGCAGCUCUAAGAGUCGGGGUCACGUUCUAAGACAGCCCAUUAGUUCUCAUUAAAUGUAAUUGUUGUGACUUAACAUUCAUCACAUGCCUAUCACUGUGGACACUUAGAUGCAUAAAUGUCAUUUGCUUCUAAGACUGGGUGAUGCGUGAAAAAAAAAAAAAAAAAAAAAAAGCAGGU